AUGCCUUGUGAUCUCCAACUCUCGGCCACUGACCAUCUCCAGGAGUCCCCCCCACCGUUUCUGCCAGCCUGUGCGCCCAGGGCUGUGGUUGCUAUUCGCCUGCUAUCGUGCCCAGUGGGCCAAGAGAAGGACGCAGACGGCAACUGCGUUGACUCGUGCGUGGUACGCAACUGCGGCACCAACGCCAGGUGCCUCAAGAACGAGGCGGGCUGGGCGGACUGCGUGUGCGACAGGGGCUUCAAGCUGCUGCCCGAUGCGUCCUGCGCCCACAUGUGCGCGGUUCGCAACUGCGGCCCCAACGCAAACUGCCUCAAGGCCGAGGGAGGCUGGGCGAACUGCGUGUGCCAAAGGGGCCAGCAGCUGCUGCCCAAUGCGUCCUGCACUCACUCGUGUGCGAUAAGGGACUGUGGAGAGAAUGCGUACUGUGAGAAGGAGCAGGAGCUCGCCAUCUGUCACUGCAACUGGGGCUAUGCCAUGACCGACACCGGCUGUGUUGAUACUUGCAUUCUUAAGGGGUGUAAUUCGUUCACAGAGGAUUGUAGGAAGUAUGACGAUGGCUCUGCAUACUGUGUAUGCAAGCCGGGCUACAGAAAUGUCAAUGGCUAUUGCGUCGGACCUGCCACCUGUGGGAACUGUCCUACCGGGGCCACAUGCAAUAUUGUCUCUUCCACCACAAAGGCUCCUUACUGUUCCUGCCCUAGUGGCUAUGGCAUGAGCAGCACUGCUUGCGUCCGUGGAUAUCCCCCAACCGUCUCCUCGGCGAGUCUCACCUUCUACCGUCUUCCCAGAUACACCUUAACAACGAGCACCUAUACCAUGCGCGUGCUGUACAACGGAUGCACCAACCUGCCGUUGGCAAUUGGUCGCUACAUCUUGUCGUACUGGCGAGUGGACCGUGCACCCGGAGGAUUGGGGAACUGUCGGAUCAUCUACGUGUAUAGCUAUGCAAACUGCUAUGGACCGGUUGUCGCUCAGCUCAAUUUCUUGUCUCUGAGCAGCAUUGCCGCAUAUGGUGUUUCAUACUAUUCAUCAGCUUCACCGGACAUGUUGUCUUUCAAGUGUAUCCACUUCUAG